AUGCCACACGUCGAGCUUCUACCCAACUCAAGCUCAUCCGCUGCUCCCGGCUGGACAUACGUUGUGGACACUGGAUAUGAUCCUUCCAAAAUCGCUAUAAACCCAAAGAACAAAAAGCGCGCCGCUGCCCAGCCUGGAGGUCGACGAGGAGAGAGUGAACUUUCUGCGCGACAGCAAACGGCAAUCGCUCGGCGUAUAGUAGAACUGCAAAGGGACAAUGAUCCCAAACAAAGCGUGCCGGUUCCGUCACAUAACUCCAUUCCCAAGACACAAAAUGCGAGGCGGAUAAUCCAGUACCAACGCCAGAUCAAGCAUUGGUUAGAUGAUGAGGAGGCCCUUCUGCAGCAGAUAAUUACUCCUCGUAUCAAUCCAAUUGGUGGCCGUGCUAUUCCGCAAAGUUUGAGGCGACCGACUACAAACAAUUCUCUCCCAGCAACACCUUCCGAAGCUUCUCCCGCCCCCGCGACCUUGAUAGCCGGCGGCAGUGCAUACAACAAUGAUAAGCCGGUUGAACACGAUAUAUAUACCCCCCCAAUGAAUUCCUCGAUAUCAAGUGUAGGACCGACAGAGCUUCGCGCUCUCUUAUCAUCGCCCCCACUGUCGUACGCGGCCUCGCACGCUGGACCUCCACCAGCACACGGACCACGGCAGCGACACUUCUGUGAUAAUUGUGGCUAUUGGGGGAGUAUGAGAUGUCUGAAAUGUGGUACCAGAGUCUGUGGUCUCGAGUGUAAGGAUGCACAUGAGGCAACAAGGUGUCUAAAAUGGGCCUGA